AUGUGGGCAGUUCGCUCACCGUGGAAGCGGGGACAUUGGUAUCGAGGCCUACGAAUAGACCCCUACCGAGACAGCAUUAUCUCGACCAUAGACGACAAGACCCAUGAGGCGCUCCGAUCUAAGCUGUCGGUUGGAUACUCGGGAAAGGAUGUCGACGGCGUACACGAGCUCAUCGAUGAGCAGGUUGCUGGACUCGUCAGCUUGCUAGAAACCAGGUACCUUUCGACCGACACCACCUUCAAGACGGUUGACUUGGCCCGAAAAGUCCAAUUCUUCACUCUCGAUGUAAUUUCCGCCUUGGCAUUCGGCGCAAAGUUUGGCUACUUGGACGCCGACGAUGACACACUCCGGUACAUCGAGACGACAGAGAAGACCAUUCCCGUCAUAUUAAUGACGGCGCUGAUGCCCUCGCUUCUUGCAAUAAUCCAGUCACCGAGGCUCAAAUGGCUCAUGCCAGAUACCAAAAACAUGAUUGGUAUCGGAAAUGUCAUGAAGAUGGCUCAUAACACUGUGCAGAAACGCUACGGCGACAAGCCCGUCAUCAAGCGUGAUAUGCUAGGCUCGUUUAUUGCCCAUGGCUUGUCAAAGGAAGACGCCGAGGGCGAGACUCUGGUUCAAAUCAUCGCAGGAUCUGACACUUCUGCAACGGCAAUCCGCUCUACGAUGCUGUUCUUGAUCACCAAUCCACAUGUCUAUGCUCGUUUGCAGGCUGAAAUUGACGCAGGCAUCCAGGAAGGUUGGAUAUCGUCACCAAUUACUGACGAAGAGGCAAGAAAGUUCGAUUACCUUCAAGCCGUUAUCAAAGAGGGUCUGCGACUAUGGCCACCUGCGACAGGUUUGCUGCCAAAGGUUUCGGAACAAGACGAGGUCGUUUGUGGAAUACAUAUUCCUGCGGGUACCAAUGUCGCAUGGGCGCCUUGGUCUGUUAUGAGGAGCAAGGAGGUCUUUGGCGAGGAUGCCAAUUUAUUCCGUCCGGAACGUUGGCUCGGGAUUUCUGCAGAGAAAUACAGGGCAAUGGACCAACAAGUCAUGAUGGACUUUGCUUCUGGCAGCCGGUGGGAGUGCUUAGGAAAGAACAUUGCUACAAUUGAACUGAACAAGGUCUAUGUCGAGCUGUUGAGACGAUUCGAUUUUACUUUAUUAGACCCUACGAACCCAUGGAAGUCUUUCAACGCCGCUUUCUUCAUACAAAGCGACUUCCAUGUCAAAGUAAAGCGACGCCCCUCCAAAGCUUGA